CUUCUAGAAGCUGAAAUGCAUUGUGGGAGGUUCCUGGGCGGGAUGAGUGGAGUCUACCUAGGCCUAAUCAUGACCGACCUGUAAACACACACACACACGCACACAAGGGUGGUUGAGGGGAAGGAUUUACCAAGGAUUUGCUCUGCAUUAUCCUGGUGAAAGGACAGGGAGCAGGGUGUAUUGGCAGCCUAGUUACUACUGUGAUUGUGAGUUUGUGCUUGGAAAGGUUGUAGUCGGUUGCCCUGAGGGUAUGAAACAUUCGAUAUUGUAAAGUGAGAUGGAGUGUUAAACUUAACAACCAGGCUAUGGAACAUCGAUGGGAACCGCUUUGACUGCGUUGGAUUUAGUUGAUGGUCCAUAUUUUGGUUGCCGGGGAGGAUGGGACCUUCUAGUGUGCCCAUCGCCUACACAUACACGCACUCCCACACGGACGGGCGAAACACCAGCAAGCUGCAGCCCUACAUACCCAACGACAGCCUGAACAACGCCCUGGGAUCAAUCAGGGUGCUGGGACUGGACCUGCGGGAACACGAGCUGAAGCCUCACCUGAGUACCGUGAUGAGCGCCAUACAGGAGCACAAGAAGGGCGCUGCAGAGCAGGUGGUGGUCAGCGGCAUCCUGCCUGUGCUGGCCCUCUCUCUGCGGAUCAGAGGACCCCUCACUCUGCCCACUGCCACGCUGGUCGCCGAGCUGGCUAAGGAGUCGGUGGUGCGUAAAGGGUUCGGCGAGGCGGGGCUGGUGACCGCCCUGCUGUCCGUCCUCACCAGCGUGGACCAGGAGCUGCUCCUCCUCGCCACACAGGCCAUCUCCCGCACCGCCUACGACAGCACGACCCAGCAGGAGCUGCUGCUCCGUCAGGGGGCGGUGCCCCGCCUGGUCUCCGUCCUGCUGCGGGGCCCCGGCAGGCCCCUGGAGGCCGCCUGCCUGCGGGCCCUCUGCAACCUCAGCAACAUGGGGGAGGCGGAGGAGGCGGGCCUGCUCUGGGAGCGGGGCCCCAACCUGAAGCCUGAGGAGAGCGUCUACCGCGGGGUCUCGCCGCACGCCCACGGGGGCUUCGGCUCCUCGGUGACCCUGGUGCGGGUGGUGCGGCGGGGCCCCGGCCAGUACGCCUGCAGCGUGGAGGUGUCCCAGCGCUGCUCCGCCUCCUUCUGGAACCUGCACGGCCACCGGCGCUCGGAGCGCCGUUUCCCGCUCUCCGGUCUGGCCGGCUGGUUCAAGAGCCUGCGUUGCGCCGCGCCCAAGACCCCCAGAGCCCAGGGCCUGAGGACCCGUGUGUUCCAGACCUUCCUCUGACCGACCGCAGGACCCUCCUCGAUGGGGUCUUGGACCCCAGGACCCGGGGCAUCAAACAGGAGGGUUUGUUGUGAGAGAGGGCUGUGCUGAGAAACAAACCCUUUCCAAGAGCCGUUCACACCUGUCCUGUGUUCAGACGCGGCCCGUUGAGUCACUUAUAGUGACACAUUCUCAUUCUCUGAAUGAGAAUGUGAUGGCGUGCAACUCUUUCGAUGCAGCACGCUGCAUUCACAUUGCUCUUGCAUAAAUGACUAGAGGGAGGUUUCACAGAGCAGCAUCCAUUUGGGCUGAGGAGCUCAGACGUACCACUAGAGCGUGACUUAAGUAGUGCGGUCGUGGGGAGUUUCCCGCCCUUUCAGAGGCAAAACGGUGACCAUGUAGUCCGUUCUGGAUCUGAGCAGGGUCCGAGGAGCUUACGCGUGUGGGGACCAAGUUACUAAAAGCGUAAAUCGUUCUGUGACUGAUUGUAUCAUGAAUAUUUAUGACUAUCAUUUGUAAAGUCAACCACCCAUCUGUCAAUCAUUUGGGAACCGUAAUCAAAAGGCUCCAUGUAGGUUAUAAACUGAAUGACACGCGUAAGUGUUUCUGUAUUCUGAGGCCAGCGUAUGUCUGGGUAUGAAUACUGUGUUGUUGUGUUUUAACAGGACUGAGGGGAGCAUUGGCGUUGUGGUUUGAAAUAAGACAGAGGUACUAGUUUCACUCUUAAAAUUCAUAACAGUGCCAUCGGCUAUUGCAUAAUAAUCCCACACGGAGCCGCAGUAUUACAUUUGGACUGUUAUUGUUUUCUAUAAUGUGCGAAACAGCUUUUCAGAUUUAAUCAGGAGAAAUAAAACAAUAACAACACACUAAUCUUGGAAAUGAGUGGGAGUUGUUGAAGCCAAAUAUUUUCUUCUGCAAAAAGCAAAAAACAGAACUCUUAAAUUCAAUAAGGUUGCAUUGUGUGAUGAUGCAGCUAUUUCUUAAUCUUUCAGCUCAAGUGACUUUCUUACCAAUGCACGUCAUGAUGUCGUUUUUUUACCAUAAGGUAUGUUGUUUUUUACAGUAUGGCUACUCUACUCUUCAUAUUCAUACACUAAUAAAUAUUUGUUGAUUCGA